CGAUGCGGGGCACGUCGUCGGCUCAAAACUCCUCACCGGCCCCGUCACGUGCGCGCCCGCAGCGCACGCCUCGUGCCGCCCCCACCCCCCAUAAAUAAGCAGCUCGCUCGCGGCGCCGAGCUCUGCAGCGGCUAUUGGGACGGACGGUUCCGUUGGUCGGCUCCCGUUCGUCGACACACUGAUAAACUUGCGCCGAAGAAGAGCGGCCGGCGACGGAGUCUCGACCCCCAGCGGCGGCAGCGGCGGCUACAGAGGGCCGCAAACAACAGAGCUGAUCUGAUCCACGAGGAAGUGCGAUACAUCAGUGAGAUCGAUCGGACAGAUGGGCUACCUCACAAGUUCUUCUUGGGUGAUGAGCUUGUGUGGGAGCCCGAUAUGCUCCCACCAAGACGUGGCCUCAUGUGCGUUCAAGCAAAUAUUCGACGCCUCCACCUGCACGAACCAUCUAGCGGCGACCGGCAUCGCGGCGCUGCUCCUGUUCGCGCUCGCGCUCCAGCUGUUUGUGAAAAUUCCCAAGAGCAGAGCGUCGGCGCGGCAGCUCGUCACGCUCAGCUCACCGCUGCACUCGUCUGCUGUGGUGUUCAGUGGCACCCUGGGUUUGGUUUAUCUUGGGCUUGGACUGUGGAUGCUGGGGAGUGGCUUCAAUCAGGAUGCUUCUGCUUACCUUCCACAUUGGUGGCUUGUGACAGCAUGUCAGGGACUGAACUUGAUCCUCACCAGCUUCGCUUUCAGCAUCAGGCCUCGGUUUCUUGGAGCGGCAUUCGUUCGAUUUUGGCCGGUCUUGCUGGUCCUCUACGCGGCAUUCAUCUGUUCUUCUUCUGUCGUUGAUAUUGUUGCAGAGAAGGCGCUGACUGUUAAGUCCUGUUUAGAUAUUUUGUCCCUACCAGGUGCAAUUCUCAUGCUUAUUUACGGCAUUCGGCACAGCCAUGACGAAGAGGGUCAUGGAAGAAGUGGCAAUGGUUUAUACAAGCCCCUGAACACGGAGGCAGACAGUGAGGUAGCUGAUUCUGACAGUCAGGUAACCCCCUUUGCUAAAGCUGGUUUUUUCAGCAGGAUGUCGUUUUGGUGGCUGAAUCCUCUGAUGAAGAUGGGCUAUGAGAAGCCCCUUGAGGACAAAGACAUGCCGCUUUUAGGCGCCACAGAUCGAGCACAGAACCAGUACUUGGUGUUCAUGGAGAAGCUGAACCGCGAAAAGCAGUCGCCAUCGCACGCCACACCAUCAUUCUUCUGGACUAUUGUUUCUUGUCAUAAGCGUGCCAUCUUGGUCUCGGGUUUCUGUGCUUUGCUAAAAGUUCUCACCUUAUCUACUGGCCCAAUACUUCUCAAGGCAUUCAUCAAUGUAUCACUUGGGAAAGGGUCCUUUAAAUACGAAGGCUUUGUGCUUGCUGCAGUAAUGUUCGUCUGCAAAUUCUGUGAAUCGUUGUCACAGAGGCAGUGGUAUUUCCGCACUCGGAGAUUAGGAUUGCAGGUGAGGUCAUUUCUGUCAGCAGCUAUUUAUAAGAAACAGCAGAAGCUAUCAAAUGCAGCAAAAAUGAAGCACUCUUCUGGAGAAAUUAUGAACUAUGUGACUGUCGAUGCCUACCGGAUUGGGGAAUUCCCAUACUGGUUCCAUCAAACAUGGACAACAAGUGUUCAACUUUGCAUUGCUCUGGCGAUUCUAUACAAUGCGGUCGGCGCUGCAAUGCUUUCAUCAUUAGUUGUAAUCAUCAUCACAGUGCUUUGCAACGCGCCAUUGGCCAAACUGCAACACAAAUACCAGAGUAAGCUUAUGGAAGCACAAGAUGUGAGAUUGAAGGCCAUGACCGAGUCACUAGUUCAUAUGAAGGUCUUGAAACUUUAUGCAUGGGAAGCUCACUUCAAGAAGGUCAUUGAGGGGUUGAGAGAGGUUGAGUACAAGUGGUUGACAGCAUUUCAGCUUAGGAGGGCAUACAACAGUUUCCUGUUCUGGUCAUCACCUGUUCUGGUUUCGGCAGCGACCUUUCUAACAUGCUAUCUUCUGAAAAUUCCUCUUGAUGCUAGCAAUGUAUUCACCUUCGUGGCAACUCUACGUCUCGUGCAAGACCCAAUCAGGCAAAUACCAGAUGUUAUUGGCGUCGUGAUACAAGCUAAGGUCGCGUUCACUCGGAUAUCGAAGUUUCUUGAUGCUCCUGAGCUAAACGGGCAAGCUAGAAAGAAAUACUAUGUUGGCAUUGAUUACCCUAUAGCGAUGAAUUCGUGCAGUUUCUCAUGGGAUGAGAAUCCAUCAAAACCAACUCUGAAGAACAUAAAUCUGGCAGUCAAAGCAGGAGAAAAGGUUGCCAUUUGUGGAGAGGUAGGAUCAGGGAAGUCCACGCUUUUGGCUGCUGUGCUUGGAGAGGUCCCCAAGACUGAAGGCACGAUCCAAGUCUGUGGGAAAAUAGCAUAUAUUUCUCAGAAUGCAUGGAUCCAAACAGGAACCGUGCAAGACAAUAUUCUCUUCGGAUCGCCAAUGGACAGGGAAAGAUAUCACAACACACUCGCGAGGUGCUCGUUGGUCAAGGACCUUGAAAUGUUGCCAUAUGGAGAUUGUACUCAAAUUGGGGAGAGAGGAGUAAACCUUAGUGGUGGUCAGAAGCAGCGCGUCCAGCUUGCUCGUGCACUAUACCAAAAUGCAGACAUCUAUCUUCUUGAUGAUCCUUUCAGUGCUGUCGAUGCCCAUACAGCCACAAGUCUAUUCAAUGAAUAUGUCAUGAGCGCUCUAUCGGACAAGACUGUUCUCUUGGUGACGCACCAAGUGGAUUUUCUACCCGUAUUUGACUCCAUUUUGUUAAUGUCAGAUGGAGAGGUCAUUAGGUCUGCACCUUAUCAAGAUCUAUUGGCAGAUUGUGAAGAAUUUAAAGACCUUGUAAAUGCCCAUAAAGAUACAAUUGGUGUUUCCGAUGUUAGUAACAAUAUAACAACUCGAAGAUCUAAGGAAGUAUCAGUAAAGGAGACAGAUGGUAUUCAUACAGAAUCUGUGAAGCCAUCACCGGCAGAUCAACUGAUCAAGAAAGAGGAAAGAGAAACAGGGGACGCAGGUGUUAAGCCUUAUAUGCUUUACCUGUGCCAGAACAAAGGCCUCCUGUAUUUCUCUCUUUGUAUUAUUUCUCACAUAAUUUUCGUAGCUGGGCAAAUAUCACAGAAUUCAUGGAUGGCUGCUAAUGUCCAAAAUCCUCAUGUUAGUACACUGAAGUUAAUUUCUGUGUACAUUAUUAUCGGAGUUUGCACAAUGUUCUUCUUGCUAUCAAGAUCUUUGGCAGUCGUUAUUCUUGGGAUCCAGACAUCACGAUCCUUAUUUUCCCAGCUACUCAAUUCAUUAUUCCGUGCACCAAUGUCCUUUUUUGAUUCUACUCCGCUAGGAAGGGUUCUUAGCCGGGUUUCUUCAGAUUUGAGUAUCGUUGACCUUGAUGUUCCAUUUGCCUUCGUAUUUAGCCUUGGUGCCAGCUUAAACGCAUAUAGCAAUCUAGGGGUACUGGCUGUUGUUACAUGGCAAGUUCUGUUUGUAUCCGUUCCAAUGAUAGUUUUGGCAAUUAGGCUGCAGAGGUACUAUCUAGCCUCGGCCAAGGAACUGAUGCGGAUCAAUGGUACCACCAAGUCUGCUCUAGCGAAUCACUUAGGUGAAUCGAUUGCAGGGGCUAUAACCAUAAGGGCCUUUGAGGAAGAAGAUCGUUUCUUUGCUAAAAUUUUUGACCUUGUUGACAAGAAUGCCAGCCCAUAUUUCUAUAAUUUUGCAUCAACUGAAUGGUUGAUUCAACGUCUGGAGAUAAUGAGCGCCGCAGUUCUUUCUUUUUCUGCCUUUGUCAUGGCCCUUCUUCCUCAAGGAACUUUUAGCCCUGGUUUUGUGGGAAUGGCAUUGUCCUAUGGUCUUUCCCUAAAUAUGUCAUUUGUUUUCUCUAUUCAAAACCAAUGCAACCUGGCGAAUCAAAUAAUCUCGGUGGAACGGGUGAACCAGUACAUGGACAUACAAAGUGAAGCCGCAGAAGUUGUUGAGGAAAAUCGACCAUCACCAGAUUGGCCUCAAGAUGGUAAUGUGGAGCUUAGAGAUUUGAAGAUCAGGUAUAGGAAAGAUGCUCCCCUUGUACUACAUGGAAUCACUUGCAGGUUUGAAGCUGGAAAUAAGAUUGGUAUAGUUGGUCGAACGGGAAGUGGCAAGACAACAUUAAUUGGUGCAUUGUUUCGUCUUGUUGAACCCGCCGAUGGGAAAAUAAUUAUAGACUCUGUGGACAUCAGUACAAUAGGCUUGCAUGACCUGCGUUCGCGUUUGGGUAUCAUUCCACAAGAUCCAACACUUUUUCAGGGUACAGUAAGAUACAAUCUAGAUCCUCUUGGGCAAUUCUCAGAUCAACAAAUAUGGGAGGUUCUUGACAAAUGUCAACUUCUUGAAGCUGUCCAGGAGAAGGAUCAAGGACUGGAUUCACAUGUUGUGGAAGACGGGUCGAACUGGAGUAUGGGUCAAAGGCAGCUCUUUUGUCUGGGACGCGCACUUUUGAGAAGAUGCCGCAUCUUAGUUCUGGAUGAAGCGACAGCCUCUAUUGACAAUGCAACAGAUGCUGUCCUUCAGAAAACGAUCCGGACAGAAUUCAAAUAUUGCACCGUCAUUACAGUUGCACACCGUAUACCAACAGUUAUGGACUGCGAUAUGGUACUUGCAAUGAGCGAUGGGAGAAUAGUGGAGUAUGACAAACCUACAAAGCUCAUGGAAACGGAAGGAUCUCUCUUCCGCAAACUGGUCAACGAGUACUGGUCAUACACAUCGAACGGAAAUAUUUAGAAGAGACUGUCAGUUUUGAUUGCUUACUUGCUGCAGCUUUCCAAGAAAUAAAAGACAAAUCGGCUUUUAGAAAAUAGUGCCACGACUGAAGAUAUAUAGUAAUCUAUGCUACCUCAGAGGAAUUCAUCUAUUUGGAAUCUGAAGAAAGGCAGUACUAUUUAUUGUCUGGCAGUUUCUUUCGCUACCAGAAAUUCUGUGCAAUACACAGUGGACUGCCUCUGCCCUUCAGUAUUGGUGAAGCUGAGCAGAGUAAACCCCUGAAGAGAUAAUAGAAGGCUAAACCAGAGGUACUUCAAAUCUACAACCUACGAAUGAGAUGCGAUGUGAGCAUAUGUGUUUGCUGACAGUGUUAUGGUCGAGUCGUUUGUCGAUUGGCUAAUGCAUUCACUUCCACAUCAUUUACAGUAGCUUGGUACGUUUAUGCUGAAUGCAUUGACUUUAUAUAUGAGGUUUCAGACUACGAAAUGUAAAUUGAUGCGAUUGGUUUCUGUUGUCCAUGUAUUUCUCCAGUGGAAAGCAGGUUGCUUUUGUCGUUAAGACUGCCUUUCCAUAUUGCAAUGUACCCUCUGUACCAAAAUAUAUAACGUUUUAGCGAUCAUAGUGUAAAUCUGGCUACGUUACGAAACUUCCCGAGUUUCCGAAAAUGCCCUCCCACCUGCCCACUCCCAUCCACUUGCUGCCCACUCUCACCCACACCCUCUCAUUCCCCUCCCUCGUCGCCUCUCCGCAUCGUCGCCGGCCACCGCAGCCCAUCGCGUUCUCGCUCCGGCAGCCCACCGUGUUCUUCCUCCUGCAGCCCAGCGCUUGCUUCCUCUCCUUCCUUUCCCACCGCUUGCUUCCUCUCCUUCCUUUCCCAUCCCGAGGUCAAAAGAGUGGUUUUUUAUGCGCCGGUGAAGAGCUUCUGGGCGGCGGAGCUGGUGUGGGCGCCGACGCCGGAUCCGCGUGCGCGUACGCUAGAUCUGGGCUACGGAGCGGCCUGGACAGAGCGGAGCGGCGACGGAGUGGAGCAGCGGAGUGGCCCCCGGGAAGGAUGCCUGGCCGGCUGCGGGCACCCUGGGUGGGGCUGCGCGUCUAUGCGGCGACCUCAUCGGGACCAAGAAGCCGGCGGCGGUGAUGCUGCUGCACAUCGAUGACCUCCUCCCUCUCAUGCGUGCCCGUCGUCGUGCGCCGUGACAGUCGAUGCAGGGAGAGGAGGACGACCCCAGCCAUGGAGUAGCAACAACUCAAGUUUAAGGUCAAAGUGAUGGUCAUGGGUGAAAUUAGGGACGAUGCCCAGCAGCAACAACUCACCAACACCUGCUCCGACGCCAUGGACCAACAGCAGCAACUGAAGGAUGUGGGUGAGGAAAGCGGACAUGCUCGAUGGACCGACAAGGUGGUGAAGGAUGAGCUUGUUCACUGUGUAUGAUCCAUCCAUGCCCCUUCUGUUUUGCUGUUUGUCAACACACAUUGUACUGUAUGUUUACAUGCUGUCAAUGCUCAGUGAGGUCUGUUUCAACGCUUAGCCACUAGUGUCAUGUUUCUGUCUACUGUCUUUCAUGUUAAUGCGUUUCACACUGAAUGUUUUUGACUGUUUAAUUUGGUACAGGCUCAUGUUACCAAAAUGGAGUACGGUACAAACUAAAAUGAUCAUUGCUAUACUCUACUCCUAAUCCAUUUUAUUCUGUAUUUUGAUCAUUUCACAUUGAGUAUUUGAGUUGACAGUGACAUCAUCUUUAUAGGGAAGAUGAGGAAGCUCACCGACUGCAUCUUCGUCGGCAUCAAUGCCAUCGUGCAUGUCGAUGUCAUCUUCACCAGGAUCAAUGCUCUCGUGCAUGUCGAUAUCAUCGAUAUCAUCUUCAUCGGGACCGACUCCUCUAGGUUGUUGUGUCGUGCUGGAGAUGCUGCCUGCUUCGAGCUGUUGCUGUUGCUGCCUACUUCAAGCCCUCCAGGUACUCUGUACUGCCAAUUCCAUAUUCAUCUGAGCACGAUUUCAGUCUUGUAUGCCUGCUAGAGUUCUUGUACUCAGAAACUUUGUCUUGAUUGAUACUUUGCCAUCAAUUUUUUACUGUAUACAGUACCUGUACAUUGAAACUGUCUUGAUUGAUACAGUACUCUACCAACAAACUUUGUCUGGAGUAUUUUGAGCUUUUCCUUUUCAAACUUUUACUUCAGGAGGCGAUCUGGACCAAGUGGGGAGGCUAUCUGUAGCAGUACCUGGAGCUGCAUGGGAGGGCGCGGCGAUCUGGACCUGGGGCUGCCGAUCUGAAGCAGUACCCCCUCCGGCGAGCAGUACCUCGAUCUGAAGCAGUACUCUCUGGAGCUGGCGAGGCCUUGGGAGGGGGACAACGGUCUGCAGCAGCACCCCCUCCGACGAGGCGAGUUGGUGAGGCCCCCUCCAGCGACAGGGGGCUGGAUUGGCGCAGGCGACAGGGGGGUGGCCCUGGGAGAGGGGCGGCCCUGGGAUGGGGGGCGACCCUGGCGGCAGGAAGCAAGCAGCAGCGGCGACUGGGAUGGAGAGGAUCUGCUCGGCGAGGAAGACGACGGCAAUAGCGAUUUAAAUUAGGGGCACUUCUGUACUUUCCUCCCUUUUCACCUGGUCGGGACGUUUUCUAAAACGUCAUAUAUUUCGGAACGGAGGGAGUACGUAUAUAAAGAGUGUUUUUAUUUGCUCACAUGGAUUGGGUCGUUGGUGCAUAUGUUCACGGGAUGAAUCAAUGUGGCUGGAUCAGUGGAUCGGUUGAAUUAUGUCUAAAUAUUUUCGUUGGACGUAAAUGCUCUGUUUUCGCUUUGAA